AUGUAUAUAUAUAUAUAUACAUAUAUAUAUAUAUACAACAUAUAUAUAUGUAUACGUGUGUGGUAUAUACGUGUGUGAUAGAUACGUGUAUAUUUGUAUAAAAGAAAUAAUAACAAAGUCUUACAGUGAAAUAUAAAAAUACGUCGUAGACGAUUCUCUUGCGAUAUCGUUAUUGAGAACGAGAGAGAAAGAGGAAGAGAGAGAGAGGGUGUGUGUGAGAAAGAGAGAGAGAGAGAAGAGAGAAAAGGGCGGUUAGGAAUAUUUUCCUUCUCUCUCUGUCGUCCGUACUAGACAGCGUGCGCACGCAUGCGCGCCUCUUUCUUCCGUCGUACGACGCCAUAUUGCUGGCGGGCACGCGAAUGAAUUUCGCGCGCCCUUCCCCCCUCUCAAGGCUCACGUGUUCACUUAUAUCGUUCGAUGAUCUAAUAACGAGUAACAAUACAACUACGAACGAUGUUUCUACGAAUCGUCCAAUGUAAAAUCUUUCUCUGCGUAUAAAAGAACGAACAGUGUGUCUAUAUCUAUCCCUUUCGAUUUGAUGUGUAUUUUUUACUAAUCCAUACAUCGUUGUGUUGUUUAUAUACUUAGUCAAGUCAGUGCGUCUCGUGAGUGUUCGUUUGUGUUCGUGUUCGUUCGUCGUUCGUUCGUUCGUUCGUUCGUUCGUUCGUUCGUUCGUUUACGAACCGAUUCGGUCUUUUUCGGUUUAACGUCGCGUUUCUCUUUUGUUUUCGUUCUUUCGAAAAACGAAGUUUUUUCGCAAUCUGUGAUAUUCUUCGUAAUAUACAGUGGAGUGAUUGAUUGAUUGAGUGAGUGAGUAAGUAAGUAAGUAAGUAAGUAAGUGAGUGAGUGAGUGAGUGAGUGAAACGUCUAAAACUUGAUCAAUGACGAUAAUAAUAAUGAUACGUGCAUAAAAGAAAAAUGUUCGUCGUUGCGUCGUUGUCGUCGUCGUCGUCGUCGUCGUCGUUGUUAUUGUUUACAAACAGAUCGCUACGUGACACAUUAGGAGGGUGACCUUGGCAGAAAGAGAGAAAGAAAGAGUGAGAAGAAGAAGAAGAAGAAGAAGAAGAAGAAAAAAAGUGAAAGUCACGGACAAACGCGACGAGUUCCAUCGCGAUAUAAUAGACGCGUGCAAGGACAUGAGAUAAUAAUUAAUAAUAGUAUUGAACGUUUAGUAUGUAAAUAAAAGUUUAGUCUUCGAUGAUACACGGAUGCGAGUAGAAAAGAAGGAUAACGCGAAUUUAUUUCUUUCUUCGUCAUGGAUUAUCGACUAUUGUCCGAUACCAACAACGGCAAUAACAACAACAACAACAACAACAACAACAACAACAACAACUAUCCUACACAUCACCAUUGGUUUCCAAAGAUGUGUUCCUGUCUUGACGGCGGAUCCACAAUAACCGGUGGACGAUCCGCUGCACGUGCGGGAAGUUACGAACGACUUGGUUCGGCACCUACGAUUUUCGAAAUCAGUAGCAUGAUGCAGAGAGCUCGAAGAAGAAUUGGCCAUUGCGAAGAGGAUGUUUUGGACAGUGAGAGACAGGAAGAGCUACGAUUCUAUAACGACGACCAAACGUGGACCGCCGUAGUGGUCGAAAAGAAUCUACGUACGAUCGACCUCUGUGAACUUCUUAAGGUCAAAAGAAACGUCUCUGGGAUCGCUUGGUCCAUCGUGGAAACCUGGCCUGAACUAGGAUUUGAACGUACACUAGAGGACCACGAGGAUAUAUUAGCGGUUCAUAGAGAAAUGGAAAUGUUCGCGCCGCAUCACGAGAGAAAAUUCUACUUUCGUCAGGACUUUCUUAAAUAUGAGUUCUUCAUUAAUCCAAAGCAAUUCUUCCCAACGGACAUGGUCGCCUUUCCGCACGACGAGGACAGGGGGACCUUCUCCGAAGUGGAAAGUGCCUUAAGGAAUUACCUGUCGCGCGAGGACGGCGAGUGCCCGCAGGUGUUCAGUUCGGUUUGGAUGAGGGACGAGCUCUUGAACACUUGGAGAAAAACUUAUAUGCUGUUACGAGAACGGAAACUCUACACGACGAAGAAGACUAACGGAACGUUCCCGAAACGGCCAUCGGAAAACGACCAGCUAAAUCCACUCGCUCAUCUAUCGGACUAUCAUAUAUACAGAAUUCCGAACGCAAGGAGGUGUUUCAACGCGCCCUUCGAGUGGGGCGCCUGUCUGAGGCCAAGAAGCAACGCUGAGGCCGAAGACACGGAGGGUGGGGAGCACGGGCUCAAGGUCAUCGCCUUCCACAGCGAAAAGGCACGGGCUUGUUGGCUUACAGCCAUGAGGCUCGCAAAGUACGGCAAACAGCUCAGGGAGAACUACAGGGCAUUUAAAAACAAGCAGUGCGAACAGUCGUCCGGUGGUAGCCCGAAGGAACAAUACAGCAGUUACAACGUCACCAACAUCGAUCGCCGCACCUCCUCCCAAGACCUUCGUAAUGUGGUGUCCAAUCUUCAACGAGAUUCUUCAAUUAUGCAGUCUGUAACAAUAUAUUUU